AGGGACACCACCGUACAUACAUGCAGUGUCGCCAAGGUGUGCAAUUUUCAGAUAAAACGAUGUCCUGAGUCAGUCCCUCGAAAUUCAAAACUUUUUUCGUCAAUUCAGGCAGACGGCUUUGGUACAAGACAACCUUCGUUUCCAUGGGCAGAGAAGGGGAUCGGCUGUCCGCAUGAGUGAUGUGGACUUGCGUGCUGCGUUUGAGCAAUCACGCGCGAUCCGCCGCUCCAGCAUAUCAAGCUGCCCGUUGGUUCGAUGCUCCCUGCAUAUCCCUCGUUUGUUGGUUUGGCUGGACUCUGCUCACGGCGGGAGGCAACGCACACUCACGUCAAUUUCCCGCGGCUCGCAACGCAUUGCGGCACAUGGAUAUUGAUUGCAACCACGCAGUCAGCUAAGCCCUCACCCUGCUCCGCAGUAUAGGGUUCUGAUGUAAUCCUCCAGAUACACUUUGAGGUUUUCAAGGUAGGCACUCCGUACUCACAGACAGUAGAGAAAGAUUCAUCGGCCGUCGGCAUAGUCAGCAUCAUUCAUCAACAGGCGUCCGGCACCCAAAAACCUGUCCGCACGUGCUAGGUCCAAGGUCCUCGCGAAUGACUACCUUGGGCCAUCUGUGAUGAUCGUCGACAAGACGCUGACCGCCUGCCGAAGUAGGUUACAUCCGCGAAUCAAGCAUGGGACCCGACAUGCGGUGCGGGGAGAUGGUG